AUCCACGUCCAGCCCGACUUGAACCUCUCCGACAAGUGACAAUCCACCGACCACCAAACUCGCGAUCCGGCCAAGUCAGUCAAAAUGGUCAACGUUCCGAAAACCCGCCGGACGUUCUGCAAGUCCAAGGACUGCCACAAGCACACCCAGCACAAGGUUACCCAGUACAAGGCUGGCAAGGCCUCGCUGUACGCCCAGGGUAAGCGUCGUUACGACCGGAAGCAGAGCGGUUAUGGUGGUCAGACCAAGCCCAUCUUCCACAAGAAGGCCAAGACUACCAAGAAGAUCGUCCUGCGUCUUGAGUGCACGCAGUGCAAGUCCAAGAAGCAGCUCUCUCUGAAGAGAUGCAAGCACUUCGAGUUGGGUGGUGACAAGAAGACCAAGGGUGCUGCUCUUGUCUUCUAGGUGUGUGAUUUCCUUGUUCGGCUCUGGGUUUCCUGCUAUGCACAAGCCGCUUUACGUACAGUGGCGGUGGGGAUAUGACAUUGGCAAUGGCAAAAAAAUCAAUGAAAUAAGAGUUCAUACCUAAAACUUUACGAGUUCCGAUUUCUGCUGGCUAUCGUAGGAUG